AUGACAUCCUUCUUGGACUUAAAUGAACAAGAUCUUAAAGAUCUUUCAACAUCAUUUAAAAUAAGAAAACAAAUUAGAAAAUUUUUGGAAGAGCUGCAUGAGAAUGAUGAUGGUGCUGAUGGCUCAGAUUCCCCCCAGUUCCAAAGAAAAAGGUCAGCGUCACCACCUUAUUUACCACAAAUACAAAGGCCUAAGAAGCUUGCAUCAAUGAGGCUUGCAACAACUGAUGACUACAUGUACCUUAUUCCAAAGUCUGAAAUCUUAGAUAAUCCAACCCACCAUUCUAAGCAGAGCAUUGAGACAGAGAGACGGCGCAUAGUCAGAAUAUCUAUGGAUUCUUUGAUCGGCCAAAAUGGAGGUCGGCCAUCAGAGGCCGAACUUCAGAUGUUAGCAAGACAGAUGGCCAGUCAAUAUCCAAUCCUUAGGGAUAGACCAUCUGAGGGGCUUCGAAAUAAUUAUAAUUCAUUGGUGGGAUUUCUAAGGAGAAGGAUGUACAACAUCACGCCACCCGUCUCCACAAAAGGAAGGAAGAAAGGAUAUAAUUGCAUUAAAAAACAGGUAAAAAUGAGUAUGAAGCCCGAUUCAUUGUUGAUGUAA